UCGGUAGCGCUUUAGCUUUGAGGAGCAAGAAGAUGGCCACCAAAACCCCAUCUCUGAUGGAGCGCAGCAUAAACACCGUCAUCGACGUCUUCCACAAGAAUUCUUCGAUGGAAGGACACCCAGACACCCUGAGCCAGAAGGAAUUCAAGGAGAUGGUGAAGAAAGAUCUGGCAAACUUUAUGAAGAAGGAGAAGAGGCGUGACAAAAUCAUAAAUGACAUCAUGGAGGACCUGGACACAAACCAGGACAAGCAGCUGAGCUUUGAGGAGUUUGUCAUGCUGGUAGCAAAGCUGGUCUAUGCCACCCAUGAGAAGAUGCAUGAGGGGAACCACCCACGUGGGAAUGAUCACAGCCAUGGCUCCGGCUUCGGAAAGUAAUUAGGAGACCAGCCACUUUGCAUCUGCCCAACCAAGGGAAAAUGAAACGUCUUACCAGAUGGUCUUGGUUGUGGGGCUAGGAAAUGAUAAAAAUAAAGUCUUUAUCCAUUCCAGUGA